AUGGGUGUCGUCGAGAAGAUCAAGGAGCUCGAAGAUGAGGUCGCAAGGACCCAGAAGAACAAGGCGACAGAAUACCAUCUCGGUCAGCUGCGUGCCAAGAUCGCAAAGCUUCGCCAUGAGCUGCUCGAGCCUCAAAAGAAGUCCGGCAAGCCCGGUGAGGGCUUCGACGUGAUGAAGUCGGGCGACGCACGUGUCGCCCUGAUCGGCUUCCCCUCGGUCGGAAAGUCGAGCUUCCUCUCCAAGGUCACCGACACAAAGUCCGAAGCCGCAGCCUACGAAUUCACCACGCUCACAUGUCAGCCAGGUGUGCUCGAGUACGAAGGUGCCAAGAUCCAGAUCCUCGAUCUGCCUGGUAUCAUCGAGGGCGCUUCCGAGGGCAAGGGUCGAGGUCGCCAGGUCGUCGCCGUCGCCAAGACCGCAGAUAUGAUCAUCAUCAUGCUCGACGCCACAAAGCCAGACACCCACCGUGCGCUGCUCGAGAAGGAGCUCGAGGCCGUCGGCAUCCGUCUCAACAAGUCCAAGCCCGAUGUCGUCCUUCGCAAGAAGAAUGCCGGAGGCAUCGUCAUCACCAAGGCCAUGGGCCUCACGCUCACCAAGAUCGACGAGAGGAUGAUCCGCUCCAUUCUCCAAGGCUACAAGAUGCACAACGUGGACGUCAUGCUCAGGGAAGACAUCACCGUCGACGAGUUCAUCGACGUCGUGCUCGGCAACCGCAACUACGUCCCCUGCCUCUACGUCUACAACAAGAUCGACUCGAUCAGCAUGGAACAGAUGGACAAGCUCGCCAGGCAGCCCAACUCGGUAGUCAUCUCGGUCGAAGCCGACCUCAACAUCGACUAUCUCAAGGACAUCAUGUGGGACAAGCUCGGCAUGAACCGCAUCUACACCAAGAAGCGCGGCGAGCGUCCCGACCUUUCGGAUCCAUUGGUGGUGCGCAAGGGCGCCACCAUCGAACACGUCUGUCACCAGGUCCAUCGCGCCCUCGUCGACAAGUUCAAGUAUGCCCUCGUCUACGGCAAGAGCAGCAAGUUCCCCACGAGCCAAAAGGUGGGCCUCAAUCACAUUGUCGCCGGCGACGACGUCCCUCAUCUCAUAUGUAAUCUGCCACGUAUCUAUCACUCGCCUGAAAAGACCAGCUACCCCUUUGUAGCUGCCACCAGCGAGCACCUGCGAGCACCUGCGCCGAUGUGGAGGAGUGGUGCGCAUUUGCGUCGCGAGCAAAAUGCUCUGCGUAAUCUUCACGCCCUCGUCGUCGCAGCGUCGUCAGCGGGUCAGCGCGCGCCAACCUCGCCGCACGACCACAUCCGAGUCUGCCACUCACAAACGCAGUCGGGCUGGCCUGAAUCGCACGUCCAUCAUCGCACAUUGCAUCCGCCUGUCGCGUCCCGCGCAACCAUGCCGAGUCGAGGCGGCCGCGGUGGUCACACAAUCGCAGGCGCUGCGUUGCGCGGCGCAGGUCUCGUCGUCGAUGGCGACGUCGGCAUGCGCGACGCCGCGGGUCCGAGCCGCAGCCGCAAUGGGAGGAGAGGCCACAAGAGCGGCGGAGCCGAUCCAUCCAAUCACAACGGGUCCGGAAACUCUCUACAAGGCCGCAUAGCGCGCCAGCGAGCCAAUCCUCUCGGAAACCGCCCAGCAGGGAGAGGCAAGAAGGCUGCCAUCAACGUCAAUGACGGACUCCGAGCUGGCAACACAGCUUCCGUCCUCAAAAGCAUCUCAUCAUCCAAAGCACAGGGAGGCGGCCGCAUACCCGGAGGCGGUGGCAUCAUCUUCUCCGGAAACGAUAUGCCAAAGACACAGAACGUCGUCUCUCUCAUCAAGCGCUUCCUCGAAUCGCGCUGGAAUGCGCAGGCCAAGUUCUUGAACCUUGAGAGCAUGCGUGCGGAUCCACUCCUCCAGUCCGAGGGUGUCAAAGCUCCCGGCGUUCCCGGGGCUCCCAAGGAGCUCGCCAACGCCAUGUGGAAGAUCUGCUCCGAGACGUAUCCCGAUGUCGUAACCAUCUCGCUCGCCAACAACGCACUGCGCAGCCUCGGUCCCGUCAGCUCGCUUCCCGUCUACUUGCCCAAUCUUCAAAACCUGUCUCUGGAAGGCAACGAGCUCAAGUGGACCAAAGAUCUCGACACCUUCGCCUCGCGCAGGAGCAAGCUGGCCAAUCUCAAGGAGCUAUUGCUCACCGGCAACCCUGUCUAUACCAGUGCCGUCGCAGCUGGCAAUGAGGAGGGAUACCGCCGUGAGGUCUUGUCCAAGUUCCGUCAGCUCACCAUGCUCGACCAAAAGCCCGUGACGCCAACCGAAUCGGGCUUCGCCAACUUGCCAUCGUCCAGCAAGUCCAAGAAGGCGGAUGCAGCCCAAGUCCCUUUGCGCAACUUCCCCGUGCCCAACAAGCCGGGCUUUGUCGACGCCGAAGCCGGCGCCAUCAUGCCCAACUUCCUUUCCAAGUACUUCACGCUCUACGACACCGACCGUUCCCAGCUCGGCGAGGUCUAUGCGCCGCAGGCUCAGUUCUCGUACUGUCUCAACGUGGUCCCGCCUCCAAGGGCUCGUGCAGCAGGCUUCCUGCACACCAUGCCUCACCAGAAGGAGCUUACGUUUGAUCGCUACCAGGACCUCGGCAACCGCAACCUCAUGCGCGUUCACGCUCCCAAGAUGCGCAAUCAGUCGCUGCACCACGGACCAGGUUCGAUCCUGGCUUGCCUCAAGAAACUGCCAAAGACAUCGCAUCCGCUCACCGACGCAUCCAAAUUCGUCGUCGACGCUUGGGUAUUGCCCAACAACGUGAUUGGAGCACGCCUCAAGGGCGACGAGCGACCUGAGGCGCUCCUCUACAUUAAUGUGCACGGAGAGUACGCCGAAGCACCCAGCCAAGGCAUCCGCUCCUUCGACCGCACUUUUGCCGUUGCGCCUGUGCCGCCAAGCAGCCCUGCAGCAGCUGCCGGCUGGCCGUGCGUCAUUCUGUCGGACCAGCUGGUGGUGCGCCACUACUCGAGCCCCGCCGCCUGGGCGCCUGACAGCCUGACAAUCGGCGAUGUUACUGCCGAGCAGACGCAAGCUUUCCAGGCGGCGCAGCAGCCCACGGCGAACCCCGCCAUUCCGCAGCCGGGUGCGCCAGUUGCGGGAGGUGCAGCACUGCCGCCGUACCUGCAGAACCAGGCCCCCGCAGCGGAGAUCAACGAGCAGCAACAUGCCAUGUCGCUCCAGCUCGCCGCGCAGACAGGCCUCAUCUACCCCUUUGCCGUGCAGUGUCUGCAGGAGAACGGCUGGGACUACAAUUUGGCGCACACCAACUUCCAGAACCUCAAAGCCAGCAAUGCGAUCCCCGCACAGGCAUUUGCGCAGCCCGUGUAG